UCCCUUCCAGAGGUUGAAAUCAUUCGAAAUGCUGAAGCUGAUAUAUUUUUCUGGCUUCCUCUUUAUAAUCCAAAAUUUGCAGGCGAUCUCAGCUAAUUCACAGGACAAUGGGCGAUCCGUUUGCCUUUUAGAGGACCCACCAAAUCAGUGUGGAGACUUCUGCCUAACCAAACUCCAUCCCAUGAUUGAUUUGAUACCCGUGACCAACUCGAAAUUGGAAAGGAUCCAGAGUGAGCAGCAGGCCUUGAGGGCCAAACUCCUGGCAGUUCAGUUUUCGGUUGAGGCACAGCGGGUAACAGUGCAGAAUUCCUUGAAAAAUAUUACCACAAAAAGAGAAUUCGGGGCGAGGCUCAAUGAAACCGAAAGAAAACUUAGGGUUGAAAGUUCCGAAUUGAAGAACCAACUUCAGUUGCUUCGGACCAGAAUAGAAGACCAGGAAUCGGCCAUACAAAACAAGUUGGAUGCCCUUAUGGCAUCUUUAAGCAAGACCAUAACCAAGGAUGAUUUCCAGGCGAAACUCAACGACAUGGAAGCCCAAUUAAAUAGGUUACAAAGCACUCUCUCCAAACUAGAAGAUACCAAAAGCAGUCCCCAGGAAACCCAUUCAAAACCCAUACCACCGAGGUUCCAGAAAAUCGGCGAGAGAUAUUUCUAUAUUGAGAAUAAUCUCAAUCAAACUUGGUAUGAGGCUGCAGUCACUUGUCAUCGGAUGGGCGGCUAUUUGGCAGGCAUUAAGGACCAACAGGAAUUGCUGGCCAUUCAAGCUAAAAUUAAAGCUCAUGUUUGGUACUGGCUGGGGAUCAACGAUCUGAUGACCGCCGGCCAAUUCCUAUCAGUGGCCUCGGGAAAACCGGCAGAAAUUUUGACCUGGAGGUCCGAUAGCCCCAACAACGAAAAACGGUGCGUUCAACUGCAAAACGGAGAUAUGAGUGACUGGCGCUGCAACGAUAAGGUUAAAUUCAUUUGCCAGUCGGACAUCGAAAUAUAAUAAUUAAAAGCGAACAUCAGCUAAUGCUGUCAUACCAGUUAUAUUUCCAGGUCAAGGAGUUCUUAUUUACAAAAAAUCCGAAGUUUGUAACAAGUAAAUAUUAAAUGAUUAAUUAAA